UGGCCGCUCUUCGUUGGCCGCCGCCGCUGUAGCUGCUGCUGGUACCCCGUAGUGCUGCUCUUCGCCCGGCUAGCUGAGGGCGGCGUGACCUCCUCCUUUGUGCGGUUCUUCUGCGCGUUGUCCCGAAGGGCGCUGCUUUUCCCGCGACCCGCAGCAUGGGCCGGGAGUCUCGCCACUAUCGGAAGCGAUCAGCAUCAAGGGGGCGCUCUGGAAGUCGUUCUAGAAGUCGCUCACCCUCAGACAAAAGAAGUAAACGUGGAGAUGAUAGACGUUCUAGAAGCAGAGAUAGAGAUAGGAGGAGAGAGAGGUCUCGAAGCAGAGAUAAAAGAAGAUCUCGGUCAAGAGACCGGAAGCGCCUGAGGCGUUCCAGAAGUAGAGAGAGAGACAGAAGUCGAGAGCGAAGAAGAUCUCGAAGUCGAGACAGGAGACGCUCGAGGAGUAGAAGCCGAGGCCGGCGAUCCAGAUCCUCCAGUCCUGGCAAUAAAAGCAAGAAAGCUGAGAAUAGGUCUAGGUCCAAAGAGAAAACAGAUAGUGGGGAAAGUUCUAAAGAGAAGAAAAAAGACAAAGAUGACAAGGAAGAUGAAAAAGAAAAAGAUGCUGGCAACUUUGAUCAGAAUAAGCUGGAAGAAGAAAUGAGAAAGCGAAAAGAAAGAGUAGAAAAAUGGCGAGAAGAGCAACGUAAAAAGGCCAUGGAAAACAUAGGGGAACUGAAAAAAGAAAUUGAAGAGAUGAAACAAGGGAAAAAAUGGAGCUUAGAAGAUGAUGAUGAUGAUGAAGAUGAUCCUGCAGAGGCUGAAAAGGAAGGAAAUGAAAUGGAGGGUGAGGAGUUAGAUCCAUUAGAUGCUUACAUGGAAGAAGUAAAAGAGGAAGUAAAGAAGUUUAAUAUGAGAAGUGUGAAAGGUGGUGGGGGAAAUGAAAAGAAGUCUGGGCCAACAGUCACCAAAGUUGUCACUGUCGUGACAACCAAAAAAGCAGUGGUAGAUUCUGAUAAGAAGAAAGGUGAGCUGAUGGAGAAUGACCAGGAUGCCAUGGAGUAUUCUUCAGAAGAGGAAGAAGUUGAUCUUCAGACAGCUCUUACAGGAUAUCAGACAAAACAGAGAAAGCUUCUAGAACCAGUGGACCAUGGAAAAAUUGAAUAUGAACCAUUCAGAAAAAACUUUUAUGUUGAAGUUCCAGAAUUAGCAAAAAUGUCUCAAGAGGAGGUCAAUGUAUUUCGGUUGGAAAUGGAGGGCAUUACUGUCAAGGGAAAAGGUUGCCCCAAACCAAUUAAAUCUUGGGUCCAGUGUGGAAUUUCCAUGAAGAUCUUAAAUUCUCUCAAAAAGCAUGGCUAUGAAAAGCCCACACCAAUCCAAACUCAGGCGAUUCCUGCUAUAAUGUCUGGACGAGAUUUGAUUGGUAUUGCCAAGACAGGAAGUGGAAAGACCAUUGCUUUUCUCUUACCCAUGUUUAGACACAUCAUGGAUCAAAGGUCAUUAGAAGAAGGAGAGGGGCCAAUAGCUGUCAUCAUGACUCCAACUCGAGAACUGGCUUUACAAAUUACUAAAGAAUGUAAGAAGUUUUCGAAGACCCUGGGACUUAGAGUGGUGUGUGUUUAUGGAGGAACAGGAAUCAGUGAGCAGAUUGCUGAGCUGAAAAGAGGUGCUGAAAUUAUUGUUUGCACACCUGGUCGAAUGAUUGACAUGUUAGCAGCUAACAGUGGUCGGGUCACAAAUCUUCGAAGAGUGACAUACGUGGUUUUAGAUGAAGCAGACAGAAUGUUUGACAUGGGUUUUGAACCACAGGUCAUGCGCAUUGUGGAUAAUGUCCGUCCUGAUCGACAGACAGUUAUGUUUUCAGCUACUUUUCCCAGAGCUAUGGAGGCUUUGGCUCGCCGAAUCUUGAGUAAACCCAUUGAAGUGCAAGUUGGGGGCAGGAGUGUGGUUUGCUCAGAUGUGGAACAACAAGUGAUUGUGAUUGAAGAAGAAAAGAAAUUCUUGAAGUUACUUGAGCUUCUUGGCCAUUAUCAAGAAUCAGGAUCUGUCAUUAUAUUUGUGGAUAAGCAGGAACAUGCUGAUGGUCUUCUGAAAGAUUUAAUGAGAGCAUCUUAUCCUUGCAUGUCUCUUCAUGGAGGCAUUGAUCAAUAUGACAGAGAUAGCAUCAUAAAUGACUUUAAGAAUGGGACCUGCAAACUUCUUGUAGCUACAUCUGUUGCUGCUCGGGGUCUAGACGUGAAACAUCUGAUUCUUGUAGUAAAUUACAGCUGCCCCAACCAUUAUGAGGAUUAUGUGCACAGAGCAGGACGGACUGGAAGAGCAGGCAAUAAAGGUUAUGCAUAUACUUUUAUCACAGAAGAUCAAGCUCGCUAUGCCGGUGACAUAAUUAAAGCUCUUGAAUUGUCGGGAACUGCAGUGCCUCCUGAUCUGGAGAAACUUUGGAGUGAUUUCAAAGAUCAGCAGAAAGCUGAAGGGAAAAUAAUUAAAAAGAGUAGUGGGUUCUCUGGUAAGGGAUUCAAGUUUGAUGAAACAGAACAAGCUUUGGCUAAUGAGAGGAAAAAGUUGCAAAAAGCGGCUCUCGGUCUGCAAGAUUCCGAUGAUGAGGAUGCUGCAGUUGACAUUGAUGAACAAAUUGAAAGUAUGUUUAAUUCAAAGAAGAGAGUUAAAGAUAUGGCUGCUCCUGGAACAUCCAGUGUUCCUGCUCCAACUGCAGGAAAUGCUGAGAAAUUAGAAAUUGCUAAGAGAUUGGCUCUUAGAAUCAAUGCUCAGAAGAAUUUGGGCAUUGAGUCUCAGGUAGAUGUGAUGCAACAGGCCACCAAUGCAAUUCUCAGAGGUGGCACCAUCCUGGCUCCCACUGUGUCUGCCAAAACCAUUGCAGAGCAACUUGCUGAAAAGAUUAAUGCCAAGCUCAAUUAUGUGCCUUUGGAGAAACAAGAAGAGGAGAGACAGGAUGGUGGACAGAAUGAAUCUUUUAAGAGAUAUGAGGAAGAAUUAGAGAUCAAUGACUUCCCACAGACUGCUAGGUGGAAGGUUACCUCUAAGGAAGCUCUGCAGAGAAUCAGUGAAUAUUCUGAAGCUGCAAUUACAAUCAGAGGAACAUAUUUCCCACCUGGAAAAGAACCUAAGGAAGGAGAGCGGAAAAUUUACUUGGCAAUUGAAAGUGCCAAUGAACUGGCCGUGCAGAAAGCAAAGGCAGAAAUCACCAGGCUUAUAAAAGAAGAACUGAUUCGGCUGCAAAAUUCAUACCAACCAACAAAUAAAGGAAGAUACAAAGUCUUAUAAAACAUCCGGAAAAAACUUUUUACUUGUGCUGGUCUGUGACACAUGUGGCAGUUGUCUCCAGUUUACAAUGUAUUGUAAAUUAAGAUUUUUAAAAUUCUGUCUUGCUGAUUUUUUUUAAAUAUAUGAAACCAGUAUUUGCUAAAGAAAUCUUCUUUCAGUAAGUACCACCAGAAUUAUCAAACUGUAUUUAAAGCAGGCCUGUUUUCAGUGUAUUAUGUCCUUUAAUGUAAACUUUAAAUAUCAAUAUUUUAAAUAUCUGGAUGAUAUUCCAGAAGUUUAAAAAAAUGGAAAUAUUUGGACUUUCUAUUGACAGUAAUAAAGUAUACAAGUCACUAAGGGGCUCUUCACCUUAUCCUCUUGAAAUGAAAUUGUGAUCAUCUUCUCAAAAAAAGGUAAAAUUUUCUAAUUUUGUGUCCGUGCCUCCCCACCCCCCACCCUCAGCUUAAAUCUUACUUGACUCCAUGGAACAAUAUGAAUUGGGCUUAAGAAUGUUGUAAUAGAAUUUUUACAAAAUG